UUAUACUCUACUUUCCAAACCAACUAGAUUGUUAUAUCUUCUUUCAUUUGUUUCCAAACUUUCCAACUUUCUAACAUUGAUUCUUGUUUUAAAUCUCACCAUGCCUGCACCCCUUCGACAAUCCCCGACAUCAUCACCACGACGGUCCCCUCCUCAUCCCCCGCCUCAACAUCCUCCCCCUUCACCACCUCAAUCUGGAUCCACAAACACACCAAACAACAUGUCAUUGUCACCUCAAGGACCAAUAUCCCUCCAAGCACCCUCUCAGAGGAAAAACCCUACUAAAUCAAAUAAACUCUUAAGAAGAGUACGCUCUGUCUUUAGGUCCUUCCCCAUCGUAUCUCCUACAUGUCGAAUUCCAAUGUCAGGUAGGAUUAAUGACGGGCAUGUCCAUGGUGGGACCCGGAUAACCGGGACACUUUUUGGGUUCCGAAAAGCAAGGGUAAACCUAGCAAUCCAAGAAAAUCCUAGGUGCCUCCCCAUGUUAUUGCUAGAGCUAGCCAUCCCAACUGGGAAGCUGUUGCAAGACAUGGGCUUAGGCCUAGUGAGGAUCGCACUAGAGUGUGAAAAGCACCCGUCCGACAAAACCAAGCUCAUUGAGGAGCCCAUUUGGACAAUGUAUUGUAAUGGUAAGAAAACUGGGUAUGGCAUAAAAAGAGAGCCAACUGAUGAUGACUUAAGUGUAAUGCAAAUGUUGCACGCUGUUUCGAUGGGUGCUGGUGUACUGCCUAGUGGUGAAGGUGUUGAAACCCCUGAUGGUGAGCUUACGUACAUGCGCUCGUUUUUCGAACGUGUGAUCGGAUCAAAGGAUUCUGAGACUUAUUACAUGAUGAACCCAGAUGGGAGUAAUGGUCCUGAACUUAGCAUUUUCUUUGUUAGGAUAUAAUAGGUCACAAAAUUAUGUGAUCAAAGAUUGUAUUGAACUAAUUAGGGAAUACAGGAGUUGCUCUAGAUUUUCACUUAUCCCUUUGUUACAUGUAUUUCAUGACCAAGUGUUACUAAUUUUAAUGUUGUGCAACAAUUUAAUAGUGUUUUACAUUUUUAUGAUCUACAUAAGUCAUGUAGAUAUGAAUAGUUGUAUUUGUAGAUAUAGUAAUCAACCUUGGGGGUUUUAAUUAGUUAUUUCAUAAUUCUAAUGGGUGUUAGUUUUAUAAUUGCAGGUUUUUUUUUUUUUUUUUUUUUUUUUUUUUU